CUAUGAAGCGACGGAAGCGAGCCUGGCCAAAACGCACAAGUGUAUAAAUAGCGAGUAGCUUCGACGUGAGCGCAACUCCUCAAGUCUUAUUCUAUUCCUCAUCCGCUCCCCCACACCCAUCGCGCACACACAUACUCCGUAGCUUCGAGCCAGCCAGCCUUUGUUACCUUUUGCCGGAAACUCCACGGCCACGAGGAGGAGGAGAGAAGACACGAAGCGGACGAGAGCAACCCGACCGACACGCCAUGGCGCUGCCUUUCGCGCUGCCCGCGUCGCUGGCGCCCUCGUUCGUAGCGUCGCGCUGCACGGCCGCCGACGUCGACGUCGACGCGCUGUCGGAGGCGUACUACGACAGCUUCCGCACGGACGUGCGCAACACGUUCUGGUGGCCGGCGGCGCGGGCGCCUAUGAUCGCCUGGAUGCGGCAGCGCUUCCGGUGCAACCUAGGCACCCGCGGCGUCCACCAGUUCACGCUGGCCGACGCCGGCACCGGCGAUAUCGUCGCCUUCGCGCGGUGGAGCGUGCCCGCCGGCCACGCCGGCCUCUUCGGAGAGUGGGCCGGCGCCGAGAGCGAAGGGGAGGCCGGCGUCGACUACCCCGAGGGUUCCCCCCCAGAACCGUGCCGCCGCUUCUUCGACGCCCUACAGCAUAUGGCCGAUAAGCACGGCGCCGAUGGGAUGCUGAAGCUCUCGCUGCUGUUCACGGCCCCAAAGUACCACGGCCGCGGCGCCGGGACGGCGCUAGUGCGGCCCGUCCUGGCCCUCGCCGACGCGCACGGUCUCCGGGCAUACGUCCAGGCCACGCCGCGGGCCAAGGCGCUGUACGAGAAGCUGGGCUUCCGCGAGGUGGAGCGGGUGAGCUUCAGCCUCGAGGAGCUGGCGGGCAGCGGGCAGACCGGCACCUGCGACUUCUCGGCCAUGAUCCGGGAGCCCCAGUCGGCCUGAUGCUGCGCCUACCUGCCGUGUGCCCCGCCGGGCUGAUGGCCUAGGUAGGCGGGAGGUGGUAGAUACAUCCUAGCUGCUGGCCUCACAAUGCCUGGUAAA